AUGGAUUGUACCCCGACUCCGAUCUCUACCAUAUUCUCAACCUCUACCUCUCUCAUACCUAGUACCAUCACAUCCUCUUCCGCAGUCCUAGUCACCCCUUCAGGCAGUAUAUCAACAUGGGUAGUCACUUAUUGUUCCACCCCUCCAGUACCUUCGCAAUCUACCGACACUACUACCUUCACUAUAUCGCCCACCAGCACCGAUUCGAUGAGUAUCAGCAUCAGUACCACCGCUAGCGAUAGUAGUAGCAGUGGUAACGAUGUGAUAAGUUUCGGUAUGACAUCAAUGACUACCGGCGAUGGCGGAACUUUGACUACCACCGCUGUAGACUCGCCAACCUCGCCAGUAGGUCAACUACAAGAAGAGACGACUUUGGCAGUACUUGAUGGUCAGACGUUAUCCUCCGACGAGAGCCAAUCGCUACUCUUGAGUUCUCAUCAGAGGGGAAUGAGAGGAAGAACAGAACAUGUAAAGGUGAUCAAGAAAAGACAGGAAAAUUGUCAGACUAUCACUUCUACCUCUACGAUAACUGCUACACCUACCACGUCGUGGUCUUUGAUCUUCAGCACAACGGAAUCGACUAGUCUGAUAGAGGUACCGGUAGAAACUGUCAUGGGUGGAUGUGAUGGUACGACUACUACUGCUUCAUCUACUGAGCAGUUAAAUAUCACCACAGAUCCUCCGACUUUGUCGACCAUCACAUCAGCUGCAGCAGUCAUUACUUCGGCCCCAACGCAGACAAGUAGUAGUAUCUUGACGACAUCAUUGGAAGAAACAAGUACGUCAAUUUUGCCAAGUUCUUCAAUCCCAGUCUCAGAAUCACCCACACCUACAUUCUCCUCAUCAUCCUCAUCCGUGCAAGAUCUCGAAACCGUCCCCGCUCUAUCUUCGUCAUCAACUUCGCUCGAUCCAUUGUUAUCGGCUGUAUUUACUGGACCUUCACUGACAAUUGAAUCAGGUCAAUCAUCUAUUACCGAUCUAUUGGCACCGAUCACUUCCGAUGCGAUUCCUACUGCACAACCUACAGAAAUUGACUCCGCAGACACAGAACCCCCUUUGUCGUCAGACACACCCAUUAUUCCAGAUGACGAGGCCACUACAUCAGCUGAAGCAGAAGCAGAAGAUACAUCAUCUACCAACGCUGACAUACCGGGAGUCGCGGGGAUUCAAACCUUUCCUUCUUCCUCAAAAUCCAUGACCAAUACAUUGGCAUCUCAAAAUUCCAACCCCACCUUGAACCAUAAUCCGUCCACAUCCUCCACUGGCGGUGAAGAAGCCGAGGGAGCGACUUCAGGUUCCAACAAGGGUACAGCGGCUGGUGCUGCUAUAGGGGGAAUAUUCGCUUUGAUAGCUCUCAUAGCCGCGAUCUUGUUCUUUGUAAGGUUCUGGAAGAAGAGACAGAGAGCCGAGAGGACUGUUUCUUUAAGGGCUAGUUGGUUCUAUGGCGAGAAGAUAUUGAAUCAUAAUGAUGGGAGCGAGAAUGAGAAACGUCGGUCGGCACCAGCACCUUCGACCGAACCAUCCGCUCGACCGUCCAUUCAGCCAGUCAGUCGAUUCUCCGCUCCGUCAUUCGCAUCUCGAUCCGAAGGUCUCGGUGCGCUUCUUGCUCGUCCAUUGAAAAACCUCCGUCGGGACUCAUCUCCACUAAUGAAACCUCUCAAAUUAGUAUCUGGAGAUCCCAAUCAAGAAGCUCGACGAAAUGAAGAUGAUAGUAUAUGGGGCAAACUUGCUUACUCAUUCAAAGGUAUCCCAUUACCUUCCACAGAAGGUAUAUCGGAGAGACUGAGGACUAUACCAGGGUUCAAACCGCGGCGGUCGUUCACUGUAAAAUCAAGAAAUAUCUCAUCGCCUCAACCUAUUGAUCCCGAGAUUGCAACUGGAACAAAUAACGGUAUAUUCGAAUCGUCCAAGUUAUUACCUAUCUUUUCGAAAUUUCGUUCGAUAAGACAAUCUUUCAAGAGAUCUUCAAUCUUGUCUAGUAACUUGAAGUACAUCAGACAAUCUCAAGUAAGAGGUACACCAGCUUGGGCAGAGAAACAUCCAAAUGAAAAGCCCAUCCCGGUCAUGGUUGGACAAGCAUGGGAUGAAAGACAUUCUGAAUCUGAUCAUCCUCAUCCAGUCAAAGUCAAUUUCAUGCAACCUCCUCCACCAUCUGCAACUGGAUCAUCCUCCAAACACGGUUCGAUGAAUUCCGAUAGUCCUUAUCCAACUAUUGUUCCUGGAAACUCUCCUCAGAAUCAUGGGAUUGGAACUGCAUUUGGCUCAGGUAUGGACAUGGAGAUGGAAUACAACAAACCUACACAUGUACAAUUACGACACUUGACCUGGGGAUCAUCCUAUGCGCCUCCACGAACUUCUAUACUGAGUGCAAAUGGAAUGAUGAUCCAUGGAGCUAUGGAGCCUUCAGAAGAUGGAAAUUCGAUUUAUUCGCGAACCUCAAUGUCGCAUGGUUAUGGAUCCGACAAUCUACAUAGAAGUGGAACGAUGAAAUCGAAUUUUAGUGAUUCUACUACAUCAAACUUCAUGGUUCCACCUAGAUCGUCUACAAGUCAUAAUUCCGGAAAUGGAGGGAAUGUACCUUCCCCUCCGCCAAUAGGGAUAGGACCUUUUCCAAGAGCUUUACUCAGUCCUUUAUCAGCUGGAUCGAAUGGUUCGAGAGGCUCGUUUGGCGUGCUACCCCCCUUACCUGAAAAUGGUAUCGAUACGGAUAAACAUAUGAAAGAUCUCAGGAGAAUAACAAGAUCUACUCAACAGUCUUCGGGUAUUUGGGAAUAUUCAGCAUACGUCGAUACGGGUUCAAACGCAAAUUCACAACGUGGCAGUGGUAGCAAUGGCAACAGUAAUAGUAAUUCUGAAAUUCAAGGUCAAGGUCAGAGGAGAAUCAGUAAUGGCCAAUCUUCUUUGACCGGUACUGGUACUGGUACGGGACCAAUGGGAAUACUAAAAUCUACAUCAUCUUGUUCACCAUUACCACCGACGAUGAUCUAUCCAAACUCAAAUUCCAAUUCACCCAUUCCCAUAUACGCACCUAAUUCCGCAUUUGGACCAGGUGAUAUACCAUAUACAGUUCCUUCACCUAAGAGGAUGAGUUAUGGUGGAUCAAUGUUAAAGCAUUCCAGUUUGCCCCCUUCUUCUCCUCCGGAGAUCGAAAUAUCAUCAUUACCUUUGCCUCCACAACCACAAAGAAGUUAUACAUCUCCUAUUCCAAGUAUACUAGCUCCCAAAUCGGCUGAAGAGGGAGAUAGAAUUACUAAAGCAUGGUAUGAAAAACCUCUAUGGGAUAAUACACAACAAUCCCAACAAAAUCAGGCAGCCAAUCCAACUUCGAUACUAUUACCUCCUAGAUCUGCAGGACCAGGGUCAGGACCAGAUCACACGUAUAUGUACUCCCAAAAUAGUGGGAAUAGUAUUUACAGUAAAGGUGAUAGGGCGAGUAGGACGUCAGUGAAAAGCGUUAAGAGCGUGAGGUGGGAAGAUGAAGAUCGAGGUGAUGACGAAGGAGGUGGUGGAGUAGCAAGGGCUCUAUGA